AUGGGUAUACUGGGCAUGGUGUGGUUUGCACUCGUUCCAGCCGAACUUUACUUUCCCUACUCCGCCUAUAAAGAAGUCAUUCUAAGCAUCGCCAGUCCUGUACAACCUUUACCGGAAACAGGCUUGGUAACUUUCACCUUCGACAUCCCGUUGGAGGCAACAAACGUGAACGUUUUCGUCAAGCUUCUCGGGCCACACUACGAUGAAGACUUUCGACAUUUGGACAAGGCUGAGUCUACAUCGGGAUCGUAUCUUCAGCUGCGAGUGUUCACAGAGAAACCCAAGGUUGGGGAACAAUUAACAGUAAAAGCAGAGACAACUGAGCUAGUACAGUCCCUUAUAUAUCAGGUGUACUCAAAGGAUCAGCUUGUGAGUACCAAAACAGUGGUUCCGAAAGGUGACGAAAGGUCAAAGAUCAUAACCUUUAAUCUGACCGUGACCUACGAGAUGUCCCCAAAGUUAACUCUGCUCGUAUUUUAUGUGAGGGAGAACAACUCUGAGAUUGUCGCUGAUGCUAUAUCUGUAUUCGUGGAUGGAUUGUUUCAAACGCAGGUGAACGUAAGAUUUAGCAAAGAGAAAGUGGAGCCAGGUGAAGAUGUUGACCUGAUAGUAGAAGGUGAGCCCAACUCUAUUGUCUACUUGAAUGUCAAAGAUGUCAAAGUGGAUCUACUCAAGUCAGGGAAUGACAUCACACAGGACAGGGUUCAAAAUGAGGUUGCUAAUUACAAUGGACAGGAUUCCAUGUACUGGAAUUACAUGUUUUCUUAUGGGUGGAGCUUUUCAUUUUAUGGAAUUAACACAGAUUACCUACUUAAGAGUAUUGAUGUUAAUUUGAUAAUUGACAGUUUUGUUGCUACAAAGGCUAAUCUUGGUUAUUAUGGUGAAAACGGUAGAGGCCCAUUGAGCUCUCAAUAUGGUGAUCCAACAACGCCUUCACAAGCUUCUAUCUCAGUCAGGAAACGGUUCCCAGAGAACUGGGCUUGGGAUAUACUGGAUAUCAAAUCUAAUGGUCAAGGAGUUAUGACCUUGACCUCACCAGAUACCAUUACGUCCUGGGUGGCCACAGCCUUCAGUACUCACCCCCAGUUAGGACUUUCAGUGGUCAAGGCUCCUGCCAAGGUCACAACAUUCCGUCCACUGUUCGUGAAUCUUGACUUACCACUUUCUAUCAUUAGAAACGAGGACUACUGUUUUACUGCUACUGUGUUCAAUUAUUACCCUGAGGAAGUUCCGGUUCUGCUGACGCUAGACCAAAGCCGAAGUUUUAGCAACAUCCACGUGAAACGUGACGGUCGUCAAGUCAGUUUGUCUAAGGAGAAUCUUUAUUAUUCUUACUUUCUAGGAUAUUUGGUUGAAAACGAGUCUGUGUCUUCCAUGUUUUGUGUGACGCCGCUAGUUACUGGAGAUAUCCCAGUCAGAGUCAGUGCACUGACUAACAUUGAUCGUUUGAGUGACGCCAUCGAACUGAAUCUUACCGUCAAGGCUGAAGGUGUGCCCAGGUCAUCGAGCCAUUCAUUUCUUGUUGACCUUUCCAACGGCUCGUGGGUCCAGCAAGUUCCAAUAGAAUUCCCAGCAAGUUCUGUUCCAGAUUCACAGAGAAUAACCGUCAAUUUUGCGGGAAAUGUUUUAGGCUCUUUAUCGGGGGAUUUCGUGAAACUUUUUAGACGGCAAAGCUACCGAACAGGGGAACAAAAUAUGAUGGAAUUUGCCUUAAAUGUAUACCUGUUGGAGUUUUUUUACCAGACAAAUAAUGUCAAAAGUGAUUUCAUGAAACAAGCAAGGGAUUCGUUAAUGAAAGGAAUCCAGUAUGAAAUGAUGUAUGAACAUGGGAGUACCGGUGGUUUCAGCUCUUUCGGAAGUCGUAAUGGAAAUUUACCAAGUCUUUGGCUGACAGCUUUUGUACUGAAAUGCUUCUCUCAAGCAUCACGCUUGAAUGAUCGGUAUAGAAACAUUGUGACCAUUGAUAAAGAAAUAAUAGCUAGAUCAGUUACUUGGAUACAGUAUCAGCAAGAUGAAAACGGAGCUUUCAUUGAAUACGGCAGUCCCUUUGAUAUGGCUAUGCAGAGUGAAUUGGACAGCCGGGAAGAACUAACAGCGUACACAGUAAUCGCCCUGUGGGAGGCUCGACAAUUGCUGGACGAAACCAUCAAAGCUACUUUAGAUCACAAGAUUGAAAAAGCCACGCUGCUACUAACGAAUCAACUGGACACUAUCACAGAUCCAUUCACUAUCUGUCUCUUGGCCUACACACUCCAUCUUGUUGAUAGUCCUCGCAAGCAAAAAAGUUUUGAUAAAAUGCAGGAAGUUGCUAUCAUAGGAGAUGGUCUACGGUACUGGAAGAGGGAUGAGCCGAGUCCGGAAUAUUAUUGGUGGUAUACACCCGUAGACCCAAUCAGCAUUCAAGCCACGUCCUACGCUCUCUUGACCUACUCGAAACGUGGUAUUGCUGCCAUUGAAGGACUUCCUAUAAUAAGAUGGUUGGUUGGUCAGUUAAGAUCAGAUGGACUAUACGUUUCAACACAGGCAACAGCUCUAGCCGUGGAAGCUCUGUCCAGUGUUGGCAGCAAGUUGUACACUGGGCAGGACAUUCCCAUGACCUUGACCCUGAGUUACACCAGCGGUACCGGCCAGGCACGGGCCGAGAAGUUUCACGUCAACAAAGACAAUGAGAUGCUGCUCCAGAGUUUAGACAUUGACUACACGAAUGACGCCCCAAAGUCUAUUUCAAUCCUCGCCAGAACAGACAACAACCAGGUCGGACCAAGCUUGGUGAUGGCAGAGGUUGUGUUGUAUUAUAACGUCCAGGGUGAGACCCAGGCCCUAGUGUUCAAUAUGUCGCAUGUUAUUUUAACUAAACGAAACAAUGUUUACCUAACUAUCACCAUUCAGACAACCAGUGACAAGCCUGCAGGUCUAAGUAUUUUAGAAGUUGACAUCCCAUCUGGCUACUUGCCAGAUUUGGAUGUUUUAUCUGGCAACCCGGCCCUCAGUCUUGUUGAAGUAGUGGACGAUAAGAUGAUGUGUUAUUUCGAUACAGGUGUGAUAACAAUCAAAGGAUUAAACUUGACAGUUCCACUUAUAGCGACUGGUGGAGUCUUGACCAAGUCACACCCAAGAACCUACAGAAUCUAUGACUUUUACAAUCCAGACAAAGAGUUGACCAAGACCUAUGCACUAGAGGAUGAAGAUUUCUGCUCCAAAGUUCCCACAGUUGGUGUCUGUCAGUAUCAGUAAAACGACAAGAUUGGUUGAAAUAUGUACAAAACAUUGUAACGAUCCAACUGUACUCGUAUAUUUGUUACAGUGUUACAAAUUAUUAUGCUUAUAAUUAUUCUAACGUAAUUAUACAAAUAUUAAUCAUAUACGUAUUGCUAUUGAACGUGCAUAAAGAUGAUUCAUUAUUGUCUCACAUACUUAGCUCAUUUAACAGUAAUAUUUUAAAGUAAACACAUCAGCAAUUUUUUAACAAAGUGUUUUUAUUUUUCUCGGAUAAAAAUAAAUCUUAUUUUUUUUCCUGUAUUUCUUUGU